AUGCAACGAAUUCUACUACUGGCCGUUGAUCGUGCGCUGCCUUCCGUAGCAAGACGCUAUCCGCUUCGGGCGUACUCCGGUGGCCGUGCACCCGGUUUCUUUUCGCGGGUCAUCGACAACAUACGCCAGGAGCUGGAAAAGAGCAACGAGAUGAAGGAAAACUUAAAAAAGUUUCGCCAGGAGGCCCACCGGCUGGAGCAAUCCGAUACGUUGCAGGCCGCCCGCCAAAAGUUCCGUACGGUCGAGUCGGAAGCGAGCAGGGGCCGUGUGGCGUUCAAAGAAAAUUUGACUGCGCUGAGUGGACGAUUAAAGGAGGCACUUGACGGAGCAUCGCGAACCAUGGUAGCCCACAAGGCGGGACAGUUGGGCGAAAGUCUUGCCGAACAGGGACAAAAGUUGGGGCAGAGCGGAGCUUUUCGGGCGAUCAGCAAGACGGCCAAAUUGGUGGGCCAGGAGAUGGAAAGCCACGAAGGAAUGGCGUCUCGUGUGUACCGGAGCCCAGCCAAGCUACGGAAGCGUAUCGAAAUGGCGAACGAUCCGUCCGCGGAACGAACGGUUAAACCGAACGCGACUGCGACCGGCAUCGAACUUCACAAGGACAGCAAGCUCUACCAAUCGUGGGAAAGCUUCAAAAACAACAGCUCGAUGGUGAAUCAGUUCCUUACGUGGAAGAUCCAUUACGACGAGUCGGAACAUCCGAUGAUACGUGCUUCCCGGCUGCUCACCGAUAAGAUGGGUGCUCUCUUUUCGAGGAACGAGCUGUCGGAGGCACUGACCGAGAUUUGCCGCAUCGAUCCGAGCUUCGAUCAGCGACAGUUUCUUCUGGACUGCGAAAACGAUAUCAUCCCUAACGUGCUGGAAUCGAUCAUACGCGGUGAGCUGGAGGUGCUGCGUGACUGGUGCUUUCAGAGCACUUACAGCGCCAUUGCGGCACCGAUUUUAGCGGCAAUCGAGGCCGGUUAUCGGUUCGAUUCGAAGCUUCUCGACAUCGAGAGCGUCGAUCUGGUGAUGGGCAAGAUGAUGCUACAGGGCCCAGUGUUGAUCGUCACGUUUCUAACGCAGCAGGUGGUCUGUGUGCGAAAUGCGCAAGGAUCGAUAGUCGAAGGGGACCCGGAAACGGUGCUGCGCUGCAAUCAUGUGUGGGUUUUGUGCCGCGAUUCGAACGAACCUAACCCUCGGUCCGCCUGGCGGCUCAUGGAAAUGUCCACGAACUGUCGGACGCAGUUCGUAUAG